CGUAAGCCAUUAGACUUUGGAAGCAGCUACUGUAUCUACUGAAUGCAACAAAGUAACAUCAGCUUUACUGAUACAAACGUAUAGCAAAUAGCUACAUGGAACGUUCACCUGUAAACAGCGUUGAGGUAUCACCAGAGAGCAAUGGGGAUUCUGUCGCCCUGUGUCACAAUGAGGAAGAGAGCAGGAAUCAACUAGCACAUGGUGGCCCUCAAGUCCAGCUGUGUCGUUUCUACUCACAGGGACGGCACUGUAACUUUGGGAGGAAGUGCCGCUUCCUCCAUCAAAGAGGAGAUUCCACCACCCUCACCCAGGGGAAGGUAGAGAACAGGACAAACCAAAGGUCAGAACAGGAGAACCAAAGAGGGACAGGCCCUCACAGCCACCCUGGAAUCACAUCGCAGAAUCCAGCGAUUGACAGCCCUGGAGAUGUAGGCCACAGGCUGCCCUCCAAACCAAGGGCUGCUCCAACCAGAGGUGAGAGGGCCAACAAUCGCCGGCCCUGUCGCUAUUUUCUCUCUGGGUGCUGCACCAUGGAUGAUAGAUGUCACUACUGGCACCCACCACAGUUUCCCCUUGUUGACGACCAGCCUGUAGGAGUCGGAGGCAGGCCCAGGGUGCCCCAUGCCCCCCCUCCCAGUGCCCUUCAGGUGGUCAAACUGAGUGACCUGACUGACAAUAUCACCAAACAGCUACGGGACACUGAGAUCAAGCAGCUGAUAAAGCGUUUUCCUAAAGAACAGCUUAUUGUGCAGGAACGGAGCGACGGCCAAGUCACCUUCUACCGAGCCACAGUACAGCCCACUGAUCCAGACUGGCCUUUUGACUUGAAAGACGUUGACAUAAUGGUGAGCUUUCCGGAAAAGUACCCACAAGAGGUAUUUACAUUAGAUAUACCACUGGACCAGGACUUGCCAUCAGUUAUGGGAAGAUAUGUUGAACAAGCCUCACUGGAAUGGCUACAGGCUAAACAUGCCACCAAUCAGCUGAUGGGUAAGGUGGAGCUGCUCUUCCGGCCCUUCCUUCGCUGGUUGGAUCGCAGCAUGGAAAGACUGUUCACUGAGGGAGCCAGGCAGUUGAAAAAAGACAUGGAGAUAGCAAAGGCUGGAAUUCAGUUUGUUCCAUACCAGCAGCUCCAGGCAACCGUGUGCAAAGAGCCUGCCGCUGAUGACACGCCUGACCCUGUCCUCCACACGGCAACUGAUGAGGAGAGCAGAGAAGGAGAAGAUGAGGAGUGGAAAAAACAAUUGUACCCUGGCUGUGAUGAUGAUGAUGAUGGUGGUGUUAGUGAUGAAGAGGACCAGGGGAAUGUGGAGAAUAUUAAGCUCAGUGAGCCCCGCAGAGGAACAGAGGUGAAGCUGCUUGGCCUGAGGCUGGGAGAGGGCAUGGCGACCGUGGUCGCCACACAGAUCACUGUGUGUCUGCAGUGCAGCAGGUGUAAGGUGACAGCAGACCUGACUCUAAAUGGCAGGAACCCCUGCACGGCCCAGUGUGAGAAGUGUAACGCAGGGAUCAGUGCUGCUUUCAGACCCAGCAUGCUGCACCACUACAGUGACGUCCUGGGCUAUCUGGACCUGGGUACCGCUGCUCCUGUGGACCUGGUCCUGCAGGACUGUGAUCUGGUCAUUGUCUGCCUCAACUGCUCCAAAGAGGGACCUGUGAAGAACCUUUUGUAUGGCCAGAGCAAGGAGUUCAACUGUCAGCACUGUCACAGCAAACUCAGCAUCCUGGUUGACAGCACACGAUUCCAGUACAUUCCGCCACGCAAAGAGAAAACCGGGCACAGUGACUCUUCACUGACCUAUCGGCGUAACAUAAGGGACCCUGCCAUACAGAUGGGGAAACCACUACCGGAGAAGGGAUCCUGCAAACACUACAGACAGAGUCAUCGCUGGCUCAGGUUCUCAUGCUGUGGCCGGGCCUACCCCUGUGACGUGUGUCAUGACGAGGACCAGGACCACCCCAUGGAGCUGGCUACCAGGAUGAUCUGUGGUCACUGCUGUAAAGAGCAGCCGUACAGCAAUGGGAAGCCCUGUGUCAGCUGUGGAGGCAUGAUGACGAGAGGAGCCUACACCAGUCACUGGGAGGGAGGACUGGGCUGCAGGAGCAAAGUCAAAAUGAGCAGAAAUGAUAAACACAAGUAUGCCAGCACAAACAAAACAAUUUCACGGAAAGCAGCCAGCGAAAAGAAAUAAUCAGAGACAACAUGUUAACGUUAUGGCAGUGGUUGAUCAGGCUUGCUCUGUGUGAUUCAAGAGCAACCCUUCUAUCAAUGCAUUAUUGAUUUCUAAUAAAUCAAGUAUUGUAAUGUUA